AUGUGGUUUGCGAGGAAGCCAAGUCUUAAUCAUCUUAAGAUAUGGGGUUGUCUGGCUUAUGUCAAGAAGCAUGAUAUUGACAAGAUACUACUUCUACCAUCCAAACGAACAAAAGGUGUUUAUUGCGCCUGUGUGCAGAAGGUUGAGCUCAAGGAAGAGUCUAGAGAGCCUCAUGAACCUGAAGUAGAGUUUGAUCCAGUUGACGAUCCGGUCUCUUUAUCCAUACUCACCCAACCUCCAGAUAGGUCUAAAAAGAUCAAUAAAACACCUAAUAGAUAUCUGGGCAUACACCAUGCUCUUCUCAUGGGAAAUGACAUGGAAGAUCCUGAAACCUACACGAAUGCAAUGUUGGACAUUGACUCAAAGAAAUGGUAG